AUGUUCCUGCGCACGGUUGCACGGCCAUUGAUGGCCAAAGUGAAGGAGACGACGGGGAUCGUGGGCCUGGAUGUGGUGCCGAACGUGCGGGAGGUUCUGAUCGGUCUCUACACUAAAACCCUGAAGGAGGUCCAGGCCGUCCUUGAGGAUGAAGGCUACCGUAAGGCCGUAGAGAGCUUCACAAGGCAGAGGCUCAACGUUUGCGAGGAAGAAGAUUGGGAAAUGAUCGAGAAGCGCCUUGGCUGUGGCCAGGUCGAGGAGCUCAUCGAAGAGGCUCAGGAUGAGCUCACACUCAUCAGCAAAAUGAUCGAGUGGAAUCCAUGGGGUGUCCCAGAUGAUUAUUAAUGUGAAGUUGUUGAGAAUGAUGCGCCAAUUCCUAAGCAUAUUCCUUACCAUCGACCUCCUCCUCUCCCUGAAGAAUUUUUCAAGACGCUAGAGGCUGCUUCA